CGUCACUUCCGGCGCGAGGGGCCGGCCGGCCCGGCAGGGAGUGCGGGUCGGUUCUGUGCGCGCUGCCGGCCGAGGCUCCCGCCGCCGAUUGACCCGCGCUCCGCCCCGUUGCCGGGCCGGAAUCCUGGGAGCUAAUGUCAGAAGAAAGUGACUCUCUGAGAACCAGCCCUUCUGCGGCCUCACUUUCCGAAAAUGAGCUGCUGCCAGCACCCGAACCUCCUGGCUACGUGUGCUCACUGACAGAAGAACUGGUCACCAAGGCCAGGGAAGAGCUGCAGGAGAAGCCGGAAUGGAGACUUCGAGAUGUCCAGGCCCUCCGUGACAUGGUGAGGAAGGAGUGCCCCCACCUGAGCACCAGUCUGGAUGACGCCUUCCUGCUGCGCUUCCUCCGAGCCCGCAAGUUUGAUUACGACCGCGCCCUGCAGCUCCUGAUCAACUACCACAGCUGCAGGCGAAGCUGGCCCGAAGUCUUCAGUAACCUGAGGCCGUCGGCCUUAAAAGAUGUCCUCGCUUCCGGAUUCCUCACUGUGCUGCCCCACACCGACCCCCGGGGCUGCCAUGUCCUGUGCAUCCGCCCAGACAGAUGGAUACCGAGCAACUACCCAAUUACCGAAAACAUCCGAGCCAUAUACUUGACGUUAGAAAAACUCAUUCAGUCUGAAGAAACCCAAGUGAACGGAAUUGUAAUUCUUGCAGACUACAAAGGAGUGAGCUUAUCAAAAGCAUCUCACUUUGGCCCUUUUAUAGCCAAAAAGGUGAUUGGCAUCCUUCAGGAUGGUUUCCCCAUUCGGAUAAAAGCAGUCCAUGUAGUGAAUGAGCCUCGAAUAUUCAAAGGCAUUUUUGCCAUCAUCAAACCAUUUCUGAAGGAGAAAAUAGCAAACAGAACGAGCACGCAUUCUGCCCCCGAGGAGACAAACGCCAGGUCCCCAUGGUGGGUCUGGUGUGUUGGUGAUGGCUCCGUUGAGAAAUACUCUCAUGCAGGAUGUCCACACACUCAACUGUCGGCUCUUGAUGACGCAACAGGUAAGUACUUACAUUGCAACACACCCGCUCUUCAGGCCAGCCUCCCCGGAGGCGGCUGUGGGACUGCAGCUUCGUGUUUCUCACCUCUGGAAAAACAGAGCUCAUGCCUCCAACCCUUGUCACCUUACAGCCGUGUCAGGAGGAUACUUACGAGGCACUUGGUAAGCCACUGGAGUUAUUUUCCAUGUUAUGAGUCAGUACUUUCUGGUUUCUUUGCUAAAAUACUACUUUUUCCCAGGGCCCACUCUUCACAUAGUACUGGUUUAGCAUUCCUGUAAUAAAUGGCAGCAGAUGUUUCAUGAUACUGCAUUUAAAGCUGGAGAGGAAUAAAAUCCUUCAGGGUGCCACUAAUCUGGGGGAAAAACAUUUUAACUAGGGUUUCCAGGUGGGAAUUCCCGCCAGUUCUCAGGAAUUUUUUUUCGCUUUCCCAUUCCCAAAUCCCAAGAUAUAAACUGU